ACAGAACAGAGAAGCCCCAUAACAACACAGAACAGAGACAUACAGAGAGAGAGAGAGAGAGAGAGAUGGAGAGAGAAAAGGAAAUGAAGCAAUCAAAAUUCAAGAGGGUAUGUGUGUUCUGUGGGAGUAGCCCAGGAAAGAAGAGCAGCUACAAAGAUGCUGCUAUUGAGCUUGGGAGGGAAUUGGUUUCAAGGAGCAUAGAUCUAGUUUAUGGAGGAGGGAGUAUUGGAUUGAUGGGUUUGAUUUCCCAAGCUGUUUACAAUGGGGGUCGCCAUGUUCUCGGAGUAAUUCCCAAGACCCUUAUGCCUAGAGAGCUAACUGGGGAAACAGUUGGGGAAGUGAAGGCAGUAGCAGACAUGCACCAAAGGAAGGCAGAGAUGGCUAGAAAUUCAGAUGCCUUUAUUGCAUUGCCUGGUGGUUAUGGAACUCUUGAAGAGCUUCUUGAAGUGAUUGCAUGGGCUCAACUUGGCAUCCAUGACAAACCGGUUGGAUUGUUGAAUGUAGAUGGGUACUACAACUCUCUCUUGUCAUUCAUUGACAAAGCAGUAGAGGAAGGUUUCAUUAGCCCAAGCUCGCGCCACAUCAUCAUAUCAGCCCCUAACGCGAGGGAGUUAGUGAAGAAAUUGGAGGAGUACAUUCCCGGGCAUGAAAGAGUUGCUUCAAAGCUGAAUUGGGAGACAGAACAAUUAGGUUACACCCCAAAAUCGGAUAUCUCAAGGUGAGUAGGUCCGGGAAGAGAUCAAGUUGUUGCCAUGGAGGGACUCAUUUUAGGAGACUUCAAAUUUUCCCCGCGUAGGGAAUUCUUUUUCAUUUUUGUUUUUGUUUUUGUUUUUGCUUUCUUGUUUUGUCAACUGCAAAAUUUGUCCUCAAUAUAUGAAGUUUUUUUUUUUUUUUUU